GGUGGCUAGGUGUUAGCAUGCCACCAUCAACUCGCCUCGGACGCGCAUUUGUGUCUUAUCUUCCACAGUAAAACUUUACAAUAGGGUAGCGAAUAAAACUACCAUAUAUAUCGCUUAACGCUACGGGCAGACUCACGGAAUCGUUUACAGUGUUGUUUCCGGAACUGUACAUACGUGCCUGUCAGAAAAGUUAGCAUUUAUAUGCCUUGCCCACGGCAUCGGCGCAGGCGCGGAGAAUGUGGGUGGUGGUUUAAUAUGGGUGUCGAGCAUUGUGUGUUGCACUUUGACACCCACAUUACCCGAUAGCUGCUUCCGGUUGUUAAUUUCAUAGAAAGUAAACAACUCCGUCAUAUCGGGAUAUCUCUUACAUUGAAUCGAACGCACCCGUGUUUUCGUGCUCUGAGUGUAGUAGUUUUUUCUGUAUCGUGGCAAGCAGCCAGUACGUUUAUUUCAUAUGUAGUGCAAUGGUUAGGUUUUCUUCACGAUGAACCAAUCGUCUGGAAGUAAUGGUUGUCAUCCAAUUGGAUUGCGCAGAAACGACAGGGCGGGACCAACGUGACCGUCAAUCAUACUCAGAAGGCGGGGAGAAGGAUGUGAGAAAGAGCCAGGCUGGAGAGAAGCUUCUCAACAAGGCAAAAACAGCAGCGCUCUGCGAAAACCAUUUUAUCUACCCGUAAUCAACGCCGACCCCGGGGCCGACCAGCGACAUUAAAACAUUCUCAGAGUCGCCACUUCAAUGUCCCUAUGGAUUACUAGCAUACUUUCGUCGAAAAACGGACGCAUUGUGCAACUUGACAGCGCAGCCCGCUGGACCGCCACACUGGUCACCUAGAGGACUCAAAGAGAGAUGAAGACUCUGGAGGAGCCCCCCUACUUGACUGUGGGGACAGAUGUGAGUGCCAAGUACAGAGGGGCUUUCUGUGAGGCCAAGAUUAAGACUGCCAAGCGGCUAGUCAAGGCGAAGGUGACCUUUAAAGCAAAUCUCUCCACAGCUGAGGUCCACGAUGAAAGCAUCAAAGGCCCUUUAAAGGUGGGUGCUAUUGUCGAAGUGAAGAACCAGGAUGGAGUUUACCAGGAGGCCACAAUCAAUAAGCUGACCGACGCAAGUAUUUACACAGUCGUGUUUGACGACGGUGACGAGAAAACAUUAAGACGUUCCUCCCUCUGCCUUAAAGGCGCCCGUCACUUUGCAGAGAGUGAGACGCUCGACAGACUUCCCCUCACCAACCCUGAGCACUUUGGCACACCUGUCAUAGGCAAGAAGGGUAACAGGGGCAGACGAUCCAACCCAAUCCAAGAGGAGGACUUGUCUUCAUCCUCCAGUGAAGAAGAGGAGAGCGAUCAGCGGCAGAAUGAAGAUCUGUUUGGCAAGGUGGUCUGUGUGGAGGGAGUGGCUUCUGGGGAUAAAAAGAAGAGCACGUGGUAUCCUGCCUUGGUCACCUCCCCUGACUGCCAUGAUGACAUCACAAUGAAGAAGGAAAGCAUCUUUGUCCGCUCUUUCAAGGAUGGGAAAUUUUACAUGGUGCUGCGGAAGGAUGUUCAAGAGAUCGAUGCAGAUUGUCCCCCAAAAGCGGAUGCAGGGCUCAAGCCAGCACUGGAUGCAGCCUUGGAGUUCCAGCAGCAGUUGGUCAUUCCCAACACCUGGAAGACUGAAGUGAAAGAGGAAAGCUCUAGCAGCGAGGUGGAUGAUGACGAAGAAGAGGAGGAGCAGGAAGAAGAUGCGAAUGGCGAAGAAGAGGAGGAGGAAGUGGAGCCCUACCCGGAGGAGAGGGAGAACUUUCUGCAGCAGCUCUACAAGUUCAUGGAAGACAGAAGAACGCCCAUCAACAAGCGGCCUGUUCUGGGCUACAAGAACCUCAACCUGUUCAAGCUCUACAGACUGGUGAACAAACUGGGAGGCUUUGACAAUAUUGAAAGUGGCUCCGUUUGGAAGCAAGUCUAUCAGGACCUCGGAAUCCCUGUGCUCAACUCAGCUGCUGGCUACAAUGUCAAAUGUGCUUACCGCAAGUACCUUUAUGGCUUUGAGGAAUACUGCACUUCCACAGCCAUCACCUUCAAAAUGGACCUCCCUUUGAAGCAGACCGCCAAGGGAGAGUUGAAGUCAGAGGGUGAGGGCGGAAGCCCAGCAGCCACGUCACCCACCCCAGAGGAACAGAAGGACCAUAGGAAUGGAGAAACAAUCAACACACAGUCUGUAGUCUGCAAGGAGGAGAAACCCGAGUUGGCGCAAAACAAAAGUGAGUCUUCAAAAGCUGAGGGAAAGGACAGCAUUGGAGAUAACAAUGAUGACAAUGAGGAGGAGGAGGAGGAGGAGGAGGAGGAGGAAGACAACACCCCACCCUCGGGAGACGCAGAUGAAGGCUCCUCGACGUCUCGCCUGGGAAGCGAGAGCAUCAAACAGGAGCAUGAUGAGGAGCGAGAAAGCAAGGACAACUCUGGGGAUGACAACAGUCAGGAGGGGGAGGAAGGGGAGGAGUUUGAGUGUUACCCCCCGGGGAUGAAGGUGCAGGUGAGGUAUGGGCGAGGCCGCAGUCUGAAGACGUACGAGGCCACUGUGAAAGAGGCAGACGUGGAGGGGGGAGAGGUGCUCUACCUGGUGCACUACUGUGGCUGGAACGUCAGAUAUGAUGAAUGGAUCAAAGCAGACAAGAUUGUUCGCCCUGCCAAUAAGAAUGUACCAAAAAUAAAGCACCGCAAAAAAAUAAAGAACAAAGCUGAGAGGGAGCGAGACAGGCUGGAGAGUCUCGAUGACAAAGAUGUCCUUGAUCCUUCACCCAACAGUAACCGCGCGCCUCGAUCCAAGUGUGACUUGAGUCAGGACGUAUUUUCCAAGUUGGACCAGGGUGUGGAGGACCAAGGGACUCCGCAGCAGUCUCCUGUCAAGUCUAUUGAAAUCACUUCUAUACUCAAUGGCCUGCAAGCCUCUGAGCUGUCCACAGAUGAAAGUGAGCAUGAGGAUGAGGAGGAGCAUAACCGAGAGGACCACCCCACUUGCGGAGACAAAAAGGGCACGUCAGAGCUUCAAAAACCCUCAGAACGGAAAGAGAGUGACACAUCACCUGAUGGAUCCAAACCUGCAGUUUCAGAGAAGAACCAGGAGAUAAUCAGUGCAGAAGCGGUGAAGCGCAAAAGCCCGCCUGAUUUGAUGGUGGAGGCAAACACCAGGAAGAGGAAAUCCGAAGGUGCAGCAGAGAGGCCCCCCAAAAACCAGUCCAAAGCUAAGAGGACCACAAGAAGUGCAGACUGGCUGCCUGGAGGCUCUUCCAGGAAGCUGGAGGAAAGGAGCAGUGGUGCCAUGGAGGAGAGAACCGGUGCCUCGUCUAGCACCAGUUCCGAUGAGGAGGGUGCAGCACAUUCUGGGCCCCAGGCUGAGGAGAGUGAACGAAGUCGCCCUAAAACCAAAGGUUCCCCUUCCAAAAAGUACAACGGGACUAAGGAGAAGAGCAAAUCCAGUAGACAAGCUGGGUUCUGGGACAUUCCUGAAAAGAAGUCCAAGGUGUCCGGAAAUGGAGAAGAGAAGCCGGCCGUGCGCUCCAAAGGCCAAAAGGACGUGUGGUCCAGCAUUCAAGCGCAAUGGCCUAAAAAGACUCUAAAGGAGUUAUUCUCCGAUUCAGACACAGAAGCUGCUAACUCUCCUCCUCCACCCGUACCUUCAUGCCUGGAUGACACAAGUGUUGAACAGGAUGCAGGACCUGACGACGACAUCUCGGAGGAGCAGAUGGAUAAUGACAAACUACAAGAGUUCCCCAGUAGUGGUAGCAAUUCUGUACUCAACACACCACCCACCACACCAGAGUCCCCCUCAGGAGGAGGCAGUACGGUGGAAGACUCUGGUCAAGCACAGCCUCCCUCUCCACAGGCGCCUCCCACACCUCCUGGCCUGCCUCCAGAGUCGGGUUCUGGCCGUCUCUUGCCAGGAUUGGUGCAGGAGGAAGUGGCGGGCGGGCGCAGCGAGACCGACAGCAGCACAGUGGAAGUGGAGAGUCUUGGUGGGGAGCUGCCGGACCUUCCCCAGGAUGAAGGGGCGGGCUCCCCACCAAAGGUGUUUGAGGCCACGCUGUCCUCUAACAGCAGCAGCAACUGCAGUCUGGAGUUGAGCAGCGGCAGCCAGCAGGAGAGCGAGCAGAAGUCCAAAGGGUCUGUGAGUCAGAAACGGCAGAAAGAAUCACAGACUGGCGGUGUCUCAAAGAAACACAAGCCAAACCGUAAGAGCCUUGGUGUGCCUCCCAAAAAGAAUAGGAAAACAGCCAACAGCAGUGACAGCGAGGACCAGUCUGUGGUUGAAGGCUCCGCCAAACCAGCCGCCCCGAAGAAUGACGCAGCUGAUGUCAAGGUUGCCAUUUCGCACAAGUGUCACGGCCGUUCUCCCCCAUCAAGCCAUAAGUACCACAAGCAGGGUGAUGCUGACCACUCGCAGCACCGGGAAAGCCACGGAAGAUCGUCACGGGUCUACAAGUGGAGCUUCCAGAUGUCUGACCUGGAGAAGAUGAACAGUCUAGAAAGGAUCUCGUUCCUUCAGGAGAAGCUUCAGGACAUCAGGAACCACUACCUCUCCCUCAAGUCUGAGGUGGCCUCCAUCGACAGACGACGAAAGCGCAUGAAGAAGAAGGAAAGGGAAAGCACCGUGGCCGCAUCCUCUUCAUCGUCGUCCUCAUCACCGUCCUCGAGCUCACUGACAGCAGCAGUCAUGCUGACACUGGCCGACCCGCCGGUGUCUUCAUCCUCCUCCUCUUCACAGAACUCUGGGGUAUCAGUGGAGUGCAGGUGACAGGACGUAGUAGCAAAGAGCCGCCGCACUAAGCACUUAACCAGCACCCUGGGGCCAUCAUCCCCAUUCCCUUCCUGCAGGAUGGACAAGUCAACCUACUACAUACUGUAACGACUGGGGCACAACACCAGACAACGACAAAAAAAAAAAAAAACAAGCACUAUUUUUUAUUGACAACUGUUUUCUCGGCAAGCUAAUGGCACUUAAGUGCACUUUUAUGACGAUUGCGUAGGGGGAUGAAAUUUGUCUAAAAGAUACACGAUUGUCUUUUGUGCUCUACUUAAUUCUAAUUGAACAUUUAUAAGAAUUGUUUUUGCAAGCAAUAACUGUUUCAAUUUGAUAUGAAAUGCAUCGGUUAGGGGUGUUUUCCUUUCCAUCGACUCCCUCCUGUCCUCUGUCCUCAUAGCUCUACAUGGCACUGCCUGAGCUUGCUGUCUUAAUUAUGAGGAAUUAAGAGGAACACUGCCACAUUGGCAUUAAGGGCAUAUUAAAUGUUUUAACUUAACCAUGUUCCCUCUCCACCGUCAUCAUACAUGUUAAAAAAACAACAACAAAAACUAAAUUGGUUGACAAUGCUCAUUUUCCACAGCCAUGCACAGGUUUGCAUUGAGUCUUAGCGGUGGACAUGUAGAUAGCUUUUUAGCCAUCUACGGUCCACAUGUAGCCACAGUGGUUGGAUCAUGGAAUGAUACUGUAGUGCCUUUUUGUUCUCUUCCCUGUGGCACUUGGAGAAAGGACAGCACUUUUUUCCUGCUCCUCUUCUCAAAUCAGAGGGUUGCCUGGAAUUAUAUCCCUUAUAAAAGACUUAAGAAUGCUGUGUGUGUGUAUGUGUGCGCGUGUGUGUGUGUGUGUGUGAAGAGCUGUGAAUAAUGAAUACUGGUGGAAUUUAACAGCAUAUGGUUAUAUUAAAUGAAAUGUAAACGGUAACACAGAACUAUACUGGAUCACCUGUAAUCUACUACUGAAUACUCAUCCAGCUUGGGUAUAAAUCCGUGCAAUGAUGGUGAAUGCAAUGGUCGCAUUACUUCACUUCACCUGCCUUUUUUAAAAAAAAAACUAUCUGUGUAUGUCCACAUUGUUCACUAGUCAGUCUCGACUCAUCUCCAACUGAAUAAUGAACUUGAAAAUAGCCAUAAGAGUUAUUUACGGGCUCGAUGAAGCUGAAUUCUGCGUGUACAGUGUUGCAAACAUGAAGUUACUGUACUUUGUUUUCAUUGGAAAGAGGAUCAAUUAUUCAUAUACUGCAUCAUGCCAACUGCCACACAAGGCUUCUUCUAUUCACCCUUACCAAAAAUCUUCUUUCUUUUCACGUACUAUGACCAGAAUAAAGGUAAAGCUAUUGUAAAUGUGCUUUUAUAUUAUACAGUAAUGUAUAUGGAUGCAUUUCGGAUUACAUCUCCAGUGUUUCCUUUGUGUAGAGCCCUAUUCAAUGAUAACCCGAAGUUACAUUUUGUUUAGCACUUGUAUGUAAGUGUAUGCUUUUGUUAGAUUUGUAUAUUGAGAAGUGUUUUGAGUCGAGCUAUUUAAUAUCUUGCACUGUUAAUAUUGUACUUUUCUGUACAGACAGUUUUAUGCGUUUAACUGUAGUUUGGGUGUAAAUAUUGAGAGUUACAGCAUGUUUGUUCUCCCUCUUGUCCCCAUAUAUUUUUUCUCAAAAGAAAAACGCUUAUUUUGUGACUCUUAUCCAUUUAAAUAGUUUUUUUUCCUUUUGUUUUUUUCUUUAAAAUGUCUUAUUUUGCUUCAGUUUGUACUCAGUUCUGUUCUUCAUUUGCUUGUUCUUGUAAGAGAAUGGUGGUUUUGAAUGAAGCAUACCUAAUUUCCAAACUGCAUAGAAAUUGGUCAGGGUCAGAGAUUAUGACAAAGGAGCUUGUUGAAAUAGUAUUUAUUAGGCUCAUCCAAUGAUGGUCAUUGUGUAAUUUAUUGUAAAAAUGCAAAGCAGAAGCGUCUGUUUGAAAUAAAUGCCAUAGUUUGUGAAGUAUCCAGAUUGUCUGUUAUUA